AUGGAUUUUGAGAUUGAAGAUAUUAGUUCUGAUAUUAAAGCUUAUGAGGCUUCUCUUCAACAUUUGGAGCAGGAGUCCUACAGCAUCCUCAGUGAAACGGAUUUUCAGAAGGAGAAACAAAAGAUUGAGGAAGAAGAAAAGAAACUUAGAGCUGAUAUUGAAGAAGCUGAAAAGCAAUAUCCAGAAGUUAUUUCUGAGAUGAAAGAUCUUGAAACAAAAUCUAAACAAUUUAAGGAAUUGAAAGAGCAGAUAGCCCAUCUGGAACUGUUAAAGCAUACAAAUGUUCUUAAUGAUGCAUUCUAUAUUUCACACCAUGGAGUAUUUGGAACAAUAAAUAACCUCCGUCUUGGACACUCUCAUGAGGUUGAGUGGGAUGAGAUAAAUGCUGCUUGGGGUCAAGUUGCACUUCUGUUGCAUAUCAUGGCUCAGUUUGGUCCAGCGAAUGUGUUGUUCAGCACCCGAUAUGAUGUUGCCAUGACAUGGUUUCUGAGGUGUCUGCAGGAGUUUGUUGAGUUCGCUGUAAGUUUGGACAAAGAGAACAAUGUUCCACCUGAUAAGUCAUUGAAGGUCCCUUAUAAGGGUGUAAACCCCUCCAGCUUCGUAAAAAAAAAUCAUGUCACUCAAGCAUCAGAUUUCUUCAAUUUGUUGCUUAUUAUGGCAUAUCUUCACUUUGCAACUUCACUUAAAGAAAUAUUUUAA